AGGCGCAAGACAAACAGGGGAAAUCACAAUAAUGGAGUGGCGGCGGAAGAGGUUGGUUUCACGAGCUCGGACUCUUCAUAUUUGACAUUUUCAUUUUCUGUAAAUUGGAUCUACAUUCUGUCUUAACGGGCUGUGCGCCGAUAUCUCCAGUAGCCUAGCUCACCUAGCUCAAGAAGCCCUCCACGGCUGCAGCAAAUGCUACACGCAAACGGGGGAUCCACCACUGGCACUAGGCAACGGUUUAUCAAUUCUGGUGGGCUUGAGUUAGAAUACUAAAGGACAUAUUUUGAAGGUAGCAUUGGUUGAGUAGAUUACAAAACCAUUGACCGUUUUACUGUGAAAUAUUGUAUUUUGGACUCCACUUGUUUUUUUCCCAAAAAGGCAUUAUAAAUGAUUAAUUAACAGUGUAUCUAUUCGUGUCUCUUUUCAACAAUGUGUAACCAUGUAGGUUCGCAGGUUGAAUGUACAAUGUUUUGGUAAAUUAAAAUAAAGGCUAGUUAAUAAUAAUAACAACCACAAUAAUAAUAAUAAAUCAACGUCUUUGAAAUGGAUUUCUUCUGAAUAGCUACAUUGCUACCAAAUUACAAGCACACCUUUGGCAACUCGUGGAAACAACCAGAGACGAGCAAAAACUGUGAGUGAGUCACUGAAAUAAACUUAAGAAACCUAUAGUGGAAAACAUGUUGCCUUCACAAGAAGCCGCCAAGAUUUACCAUGACAACUACAUGCGGAACUCCCGUGCCAUCGGAGUACUCUGGGCGAUAUUCACCAUAUGCUUUGCCAUCAUCAACGUGGUUGUCUUCAUUCAGCCCUACUGGAUCGGGGACAGCGUGAGCACGCCGCAGGUGGGUUACUUCGGUUUGUUUCACCAGUGCGUUGGGAGUGGACCGCCCAACCGAGAGCUCGACUGCACGGGCAGCUUUAUUGAGUUCAGCUCCAUCCCCUCCGGUGCCUUCAAAGCGGCCUCGUUCUUUGUACUGCUGUCCAUGAUUCUGAUUCUGGGCUGCAUCGCCUGUAUGGCGCUCUUCUUCUUCUGCAACACCGCCAGCGUCUACAAGACCUGUGCCUGGAUGCAGCUCCUAUGUGCUGUAUGCCUGGUGUUGGGCUGUAUAAUCUUUCCGAACGGCUGGGAUGCAGAGGUGGUGCGGGACCUGUGUGGGGAGGAGACGGGGAAGUAUACGCUGGGUAACUGCUCUGUCCGCUGGGCUUACAUCCUGGCUAUUAUGGGCAUCCUGGACGCCCUGAUCCUGUCCUUCCUGGCCUUCGUUUUGGGGAACAGACAGAACGACAUGUUCCUGAAGGAACUCAAGGCUGACAACAAUAAAGAUUUCGCUGUGUCCAGGGUAAGUGACUUUAUUGAGGUCCGGGACAGAAGACGCGACCCAAGGUAUGUUGCAGUCCAGAGGUUCCACUGAGGAGCUCCUUGCCUUGGAUGACCCCCCUCUGAGCGGAUCCUUGCCUUGGGUGAGCCCCCUCUGAGCGGAUCCUUGCCUUGGAUGACCCCCCUCUGAGCGGAUCUUUGCCUUGGAUGACCCCCCUCUGAGCGGAUCCUUGCCUUGGAUGACCCCCCUCUGAGCGGAUCCUUGCCUUGGAUGAUCCCCCUCUGAGCGGAUCCUUGCCUUGGAUGACCCCCCUCUUAGAGGAUCCUUGCCUUGGAUGACCCCCCUCUUAGAGGAUCCCUGCUUUGAUUGACCCCCCUCUUAGAGGAUCCCUGCUUUGAUUGACCCCCCCUCUUAGAGGAUUGCUGCCUUGGUUGACCCCCCUCUGAGGGGAUCCUUGCCUUGGAUGACACCCCUCUCCUCUACUCCCUCUCAUCCAGUCAUCAGGCUAAUAUCCAACCUGGCUCCAUGCGCAGACCACAUGUACAGCAUUCUGUAAUAUAAAACUGGGAGAAACUAUAUUUUACAUAGUAUUAUGUUGUAAAGUGCAUUAAAACUACUUUUUUUUUUAAAAAGAGACAAUAUUUGUAAAUAAAAUGUGUCCAAAUGGAACUAUACUUUGCAGCUUUACAGAAAUAGACCUCUCUGGGAAUUUAGAUACUGUACAUACAAGGCAAUGUAUGUAUUUGGAACGGUACAAUGAGCAUCAAACAAUAUAACCCUUCAAUGGAAAUGUUGUUCAGUGUAUUUCUACCCUUUGCAUAAUGAUUUGAGUACGAAAAGUAGAAUAAAGCAGAACAAAACAAAUAUUUGGUAAACAUUUAAUA